AUGACCCAAUUUCUACCGCCCAAUCUGCUGGCGCUUUUCGAAGCACGACCGCCGAUACCGUACUUGGCGCCGCCCGAGGACCUGCUCGUCGACAAGAAUGCGAAAAGAGCGCCGAUGACCGGAGUCGCCGCCUAUAUCGGCCUUUUUGAGGUGAUUCGAUUUAUCCUCUUCAAACUCGAAAAAUUCGUCAAAAACUAGAUUUAUCUGACAAUUAUUGGUCUCGAAAAUUGAAAUUUCAUCGCGUUUUGUCAUUAAAAGAGGUUUUUUAAUUGCAGGAUCCGAAAGAUACGCCGCCGAAAGCGCCGGUGAUCACGAAAGCGCAGGCGAAGGAGGAAAAGCGGCGACGAAAAGAGGAGCUGUUGGCGUACAAGGUGGAGCAGGGCAUUGCCACGUGGAAUCCGGCCGAGAACUCGCGCGCUACCGAAGACCCCUACCGCACGCUUUUCGUGGGACGUAUUGUGCGUUGGUUUUGCAAGUAAAAUGAAAAAAAAUUCGUCUUUUGCAGAACUAUGAAACUUCGGAGAGCAAGCUGAGACGUGAAUUCGAAACGUACGGAAAAAUCAAGAAGGUACUACCGUUGUUUGUGACAAAGUUUACAGAAUUUUGGAUUUCUUUAACGGACAAAGACACCGUUCGAGUUUAUGUGUCUGUCUGAGUUGCCACAUUCACUGUCCGAGUUCCAACUCUCAGGAAUCUAUGGUAAAUCGAUCCUUAUCUGAUCCGAGAGUUGGCAUGGACCUGGCGUGGCUUGAUUAGGUUCGGAAAUCUCCUGAUCAGACUGGGAAACGGAGUGUCGUAACGCCGGCAGUUCGGGACAGGUGGGACAGUUGUUCUAACUGCCCAAAUUACUUCUAUGGUUCAUAUUCGUUCAGUUUCCACUUAUUUCAACCCACUAGGAUACCUGAUAUGAGAACUAGAAUCACGCAAUUUUCUAGGCGACAAUUUUAACUGCGCGCCGUUCCGUUUUUAGGCAUUGCCGAGAAUUGCCACUUGGACAUUUAGACAGACACAUAAACAUUUCAAAAAAGUUGAAGAGGUUCCCAUGCCCUUCAAAUAAAGCCUCACUUUUACCUCAUUAAUUUUGCAGCUGACAAUGGUGCACGACGAGGCGGGAAAGCCACGUGGCUACGCGUUCAUCGAGUACAGCGACAAGGCGGAAAUGCAUAGUAUGUGCGAGUAAAUCGGCGAUUUCGCCCCCCCCCCCUCUCAAAAAUUCGAGACAAAUGGCUGGAAAAUGCUAGAAAUUUAGCCCCAAAAACCCGUCCUAUUUACAGCCCCGAAGCGGCGGCUCGAUGUGGCUCGGCGAGCAACGCACAACUCUCCUAUUUGAUUAAUUUCUGAUAGGUUUGUUUGUGGUUGGUGAGCUCGAAAAAAAAAUGGGGGCAAAUUUGGGCUUUGUCUAGUGUAGAAAUUGAGAGUUUCGAGUGAAAAUAGGGUAAGAGUAGUUGAAAUUAGACGAACAUGUUAACUUUUAGCAACAAAAAAAAACAGACAAAAUGACCGUUCAGAUGCUAUUCUAGAAAUGAUUUUUGAAUGGGUAAGCGCUAAAAUUGUAAGUUUCCCGGCAGAAAAAGCGAUUAUUUUUGGAAUUUGUAAGUUUUUUCGGCGGUGUAAGUCAUUUUUCGUCAUUACUUUUUUUGAUUGGGUAAGUGGGUAAGUCGCUGUGGAAUUGCCGCGCCGCGCACAUUUUGACGGUCCCGGGUAGGUUGGGUAAGCGAAAAACGGGCGGUCUAGUAGGUUUUGGACCCAUGUGUUUGCAAUCUUAGUAAAUGUUUGCAUUUCAGGCGCCUACAAAAAGGCGGACGGAAUGAAAGUGGACGGAAAACGGCUCGUUGUGGAUUACGAGCGUGGACGGACUCAGAAGACGUGGCUUCCGAGACGACUUGGUCAGUUUUGAGGGGGAAAAUUUGAAACUGCGGCUUUUUUGGCUCAGGACUGCUCAGGACAAUAUUGGAUCGAGAUGGAUCAUCUCAUCUAGCGAUAAAGUAAAACGCGGCCGCUGCGGCCAGGUUUAAACUUAUCUCCAGAUCGGAUUAUCCUCUCGAGCUGAAAGUUGUUCUGAAAAUGCUUCACACCAUGGACAAUGUCCGAAAGUGUUUUGGGUCCGAUUGGUCAACUGCAAGUCGGCCAAAAAAGACGCGGCCGGCAAAUGCCCAGUUCUGCAAUAUACUGUUUUACCACUUUCAAACUACAUUUCCAAUAAAAUGUUUGCAGGUGGCGGAAAAGGAGACACGCGUAAAGCGCGCGAAUCGAAAGCGGCGAUCGAGGAGCGAGAACUGGCGUCGGGCGGCGGGACCGGCGGCGGCGGAUUUGGUGGAUCCGGAGGCGGCGGAUACGAGGAGAGGGACCGUGAGAGAAGCGGAAGUCGCGACAGAAGACAGGACUCGUACCGCAACGGCGGCGGAUACGAACGGGACCGUCGCGACGGCGGACACCGCGAUCAGAGAGGCGGCGGCGGAGGAUACGGCGGUGGAGGGUGAGUUUCGGGAGAAAAACUCGAAAUUUUGAGUGAAAAUGUUAUUCAGUCCAUGUAAAAACUAAUAUUUGCAGUCGUGACCGUUACGGAGGAGAUCGCAGCGGCGGAUACGGUGGCGACCGUGGACACGGAGGGGACCGAGGCGGCGACCGAGGCGGCGAUCGAUCCGGCGGCGGACGGUACGGAUCCGGAAGCGGAGGCGGAGGAAGCGGAUACCGAAGUGGUGGAGGCAGCGGCGGCGGCGGCGGAGGACGUUACGGAGGAGAUCGCCGUUGA